AGCGUCCGGUGGCAUCGUGCUAGUAAAACAGUCAGUGACGAGGAUGUUCAGAGUCAGAAAGCGUCGUUAUUUAUCCUGUUGGAGAAGUACUAUGUUUUAACAUUCAUAUAUGAAAUCUGCGCAUAUCGCAGAAUGGGAGAUGACAAUGUCAUAGCCCGGCUCGGCAGCAUGAAGGCUCUGUUGGGGAUUGUAGCAGGCGCUGGGGCUUCAUAUGGCAUUUAUAAACUAGUGUUUGGUCGUGUUGCAGAUGGAGGAAACAGACGAAAGUCUAAAAGUGUGACUGUACAGCCUGGGAGUUUGAUGGCCAAAGUGUCUGGAUUUAAAGUGGUAGGCAAAACUGAUCAUCUGGAUGCAUCUGUGAAUACUGAAUCGAGUGGCAUUCAUUCACAAUCUGCUGCCAGCUUGGAGCCUCGACAUCUCAGUAUACUUCUCUCCCUGCUGCAGAGCAGCCCUGACCCUGAGGAGAGGAGGAAAGUUCUUGUAACGUUAGGAAAUGCUGCUGCCUUCACAGUAAACCAGGAUCUUCUGCGAGAAUUUGGAGGUCUUCACAUUAUAGCCAGCUUCCUUUCAGAUCCUUCACCUGAGGUUAGGGUGCAGACUCUAAAUGCACUGAACAAUUUAAGCAUGAACAUCUGUAAUCAAGAGCAGCUGAAGGUAUAUGUCCCUUCAGUGAUGCAGUUGAUUGAGAUGUCGCCGGUGAACUCUGACCUUCAGCUGGCAGCACUGAGAUUGCUUACUAACCUGUCAGUCACUGAUAAUCAUCAGCAUCUGAUGAAGAGCUCCAUCACCCUCCUCCUGUCGCUGCUCGUAGUGAGCAAUGAAAUCCUACAGAUCCAGGUCUUAAAGGUACUAGUAAAUCUUUCCUCUAAUCCAGAUUUGAUGGAUGAUAUUGUACAAACCCAGGCUCCAGCCUCUUUGAUUUUGUUGUUUGAUGGCUGCACAAGUACCGCCGUUCUUAUACGCCUGUUAUAUUUUGUGGGCAACCUGCGGGCAUGGAGGCCCUCUGCACAGGUAGCGGAAGCUCUGAGGAGGAAACAGGACUCUCUAUACUGUGUUCUACUGGACAGCUCCUCUCAGCUUCACCGCAGGCUGCCCCUGUUGCUCUCCCACACAGAUGAGGAGGUGAAGACGCAAGUGGCCAGGCUCCUUGCAUAACCUCCAGGCUUCCCUUUGCCUUCACCUGCCAGGCACUGGAUGUACCUUAUAGAUUUUUCACCCUCUAUACUGGUUCUUCUGUGUAUAGAAGGUGACACAAGCUUGUUUUCCUAUCAAAAUCCUAGCUUAAUUUCCUUAGAGGAGGAGGGUGCUGCCUUCAGUUUGCAUCUGUUAUGGUCACCAGUACCCUCUAAAAAUUGUUUUAAAAAAAUAGACAGGAAAUGUAAGUUGUAGUCUGUAUUACAACUUACUCCCUCAGGCAUUUUGAGCAAUGUUUGUUGACAUUUGUGAACCCCAUAGAUUCUCCCUCUCGGAAACCCUUUAAAACAUCUCCACUGCCAAAUGUUUACUUGCCAAGUGAAUGAAUAUUACAAGCUUGCAGGUAUUUUCUCUUGCCACACUAAGUGCUUUGGAUAUCCAAACUAUUAGUGGAAAGGACUUGCAUGUAUUCGGAAUAGUUUUGAAUAUGCCUUUUAAAACAAGUAUUUCUUCAGUGCUGCACAAUAUAAGAGAAGUUUACCACUGAAUGAGGAAAUUCGUUCAGUUGACACUGAUAUUAAAGGAAUAGUUCACCUAAAAAUACAUUCUCUUAUCAUUUAUCCACCCUUAUGCCAUCCCAGAUGUGUACGACUUUCUUAUGCAGAACACAAAGAUUUUUAGAAGAAUAUCGCAGCUCUGUUGGUCCAUUUAAUGCAAGUGAAUGAUGGCCAGAACUUUGAAGCUCCAAAAAGCUCAUAGAUGCAGCAUAAAAGUAAUCUGUAAGACUCCAGUGGUUUAAUCUAUGUCUUCUGAAAUGAUCCAGUCAGUUUUGGAUGAGAACAGACAAAAAUAUAUCUCCUUUAUCACUAUAACUCUUGACAUCAGCAGUCUCCUUGGGAAUCAUGGUUUCAAGCUCGAUUACAAUUCCUAGCACUAACUAGCGCUCUGCACAUGCAUCAGAUGCUAGAAAGUGUAAUCAAGUUUGAAAUCAUGAUCAUGCCUAGAGACUGCAAUGGCAAAAUAAUAGUUAUAAGUAGUUAUAUUUUGGUCUGUUCUAAUCCAAAAUCCAUUUGGUCGCUUCUGAAGACAUGGAUUAAACCACUGGAGUCAAAUGGAUUACUUUUAUGAUGCCUUUGUGUUAUUCGGAGCUUCCAAGAUUUGGUCAACAAUUCACUUGCAUUGUGUGGACAUACAGAGCUGAAAUAUUCUUUUAAAAUCUUCAUUUGUGUUCUGCAGAAGAAAAAGUCACACACAUCUGGGAUGGCAUGAGGGUGAGUAAAUGAUGAGAGAAUUUUCAUUUUUGGGUGAACUGUUUCUUUAAUGGCCCAGGUAGCCUAUUUUGAUAUAAUCUAUGCAUGUUAAUGAAAUUGGUUCAGUGACUUUGUUUUCUGAUUGAUGUUGAUGAUUUGACAUGUUUCAUUUACAUUGAUUUUUUUAAUACAUAUUGUUUCACAUUGUAAGCAAGUACAAAGACAGUUGUUUCUUCACAGUGGAAUCAUUGCAGUUAUACCAUGGAAGUUUACAGCUCAGAACUGGCUGGGUGAAAUGAGUGGCUCGAUCUUUGAAUUUCUAACUUAUUUUGAAAUGCUUUCUGUCCCCUAAUUCAGAUUUGUGAAAAUUAAAAUGUUAAAAUAAAUAUCUAAGUUUUAAAAGUCUUGAGCGUAGACCUUUUUGUAAGUGUACCUCGUUUUCAUUCCCGCCAAAAAUUAAUAUGGUGCUACUCUGAAUUUUUUUAUUUAUUUACAAAUUAAACAAUUUAUAAUAUCAAUAUAGAAAGUAUAAAGAAAAAAACAAAAAGACAAUACAAAUAGUUAGGGGUUUCAAUACAAACAGCACUAUGUUUAGGGUGACCAUAUUCUGGUUUUCCAAAAAGAGGACACCUUUUUUUGGGGUAGGGUGGAAUAAUAGGGUUCAAAACUUUUACUAUAAUACAAUGAAAAAGACACUCUAUUAGCAUAACAUAAAUAUAUAUAAAUAAAUAAAAAUUUCCAACAUUCUUUUGAAUGUCCAUGUACUAAAAUAAAAUAUUUGAUGCCAUGAGUGUAUCCUCAUUUAGUAUUACUAUUCUUUUGAACGUGCCUUAGGCAUGCUGCAUGGAGGCAUGAGGACUGCAGAUGUGGCCAGGGCAAUAAAUUGCAAUGUCCGUACGGUGAGAUGCCUAAGACAGCGCUACAGCGAGACAGGAAGGACAGCUGAUCGUCCACGCAGUGGCAGACCACGUGUAACAACACCUGCACAGGAUCGGUACAUCUGAAUAUCACACUUGCGGGACAGGUACAGGAUGGCAUCAACAACUGCUCGAGUUACACCAGGAACGCACAAUCCCUUCAUCAGCACUCAGACUGUCUGCAAUAGGCUGAGAGAGGCUGGACUGAGGGCUUGUAGGCCUGUUGUAAGGCAGGUCCUUACCAGACAUCACCGGCAACAACGUCGCCUAUGGGCACAAACCCACCUUCGCUUGACCAGACAGAACUGGCAAAAAGUGCUCUUCACUGACUAGUCGUGGUUUUGUUUCACCAGGGGUGAUGGUCGGACUCGCGUUUAUUGUCGAAGGAAUGAGCGUUACACCGAGGCCUGUACUCUGGAGCGGGAUUGAUUUGGAGGUGGAGGGUCCGUCAUGGUCUGGGGCGGUGUGUCACAGCAUCAUCGGACUGAGCUUGUUGUCAUUGCAGGCAAUCUCAAUGCUGUGAGUUACAGGGAAGACAUCCUCCUCCCUCAUGUGGUACCCUUCCUGCAGGCUCAUCCUGAUAUGAUCCUCCAGCAUGACAAUGCCACCAGCCAUACUGCUCAUUCUGUGCGUGAUUUCCUGCCAGACAGGAAUGUCAGUGUUCUGCCAUGGCCAGCAAAGAGCCCGGAUCUCAAUCCCAUUGAACAUGUCUGGGACCUGUUGGAUCGGAGGGUGAGGGUUAGGGCCAUUCCCCCAGAAAUGUCCGGGAACUUGCAAGUGCCUUGGUGGAAGAGUGGGGUAACAUCUCACAGCAAGAACUGGAAAAUCUGGUGCAGUCCAUGAGGAGGAGAUGCACUGCAGUACUUAAUGCAGCUGGUGGCCACACCAGAUACUGACUGUUACUUUUGCUGAGUUUAGUUCUGAAACCUCCUGAGACCUCAUCAGUCCACACUUCCCCAAUUACUGUUCACUAUUUCCUGUCGGUGGUUUCAUGUCUUUGGCUAUAUCUGAAUUAAUGUGAAAACACCUGUUGAUGACACUGAAAUUAAUGUAUAAAAAAA